UUAGAUUCUCUUCACGACUCACUACACCUCGUAAAACAUUCGAGUAUCCUGCAUCAGGUGGUGCAAUUCAGCAUGCCAUCAGGCUUUCAAAGACCCUCUACAACACGUUCGAAUAUCCCCAAAUUACAAUAAAUACCCUCAAAAAAAUCCAAAUGCCCCUCUCAUAUAAACCCUCUCGCUUGGUGCCGUUCGUCACUCGCCAAUAUCGCAUAUGCCAAUACGAGGUGGGGCGAAGGGCGCAGAAGAAUCUGGCGCCACUUUGGUGCCGGCCUACCUUAUUGGCCUCGCACCAGAAUCCAUGCAUGGCGAGCCACGCUAUCUUCUCUGAUAACCACUCCGGAAAUAACCACUCCAUACUCGUCGAAACUACGCCAUGUCCUUCAGCAACCCUCGCUCCGUCUAAAAAUACAACGCCAUCACCGCGAAGAAAAUACCCCUUCUUGUCCGUGCCUAACUCCGCAGCUGCUCUGGUGGUUUUGCAGACUCCUCCAUGGUUCCAGGCGUUCCUGCCCUGGCACCCAUGUGUGUCUUGCACACAGGCCCUCCCCGAGCUAUUGUGGUGCCACCCGGCCCGGCUGGCGAAGCAGAGUUAAAUAGCUCCGUUCCGGAACCCGGUUGCCGGGUCACCAAAAAGCAGUCCUUUCGGGCUUCCUCCGACUCCAAGCUAGGGCGACGAUUUGGCUCCCUUUUUUUGGGGAGCAUUCUUGCGCCUGCACCGUGAGCCACGGGCCUGUUCUCCCUCCCUUUUUCGUGGCCCCGCUAUACAUCCCACCAUUGGGGCCGCACGGGGCAUGGACUAAUGAUAUGCGAAUCGCGAAUGAUUUGUAUGAUCCAUGCCGCUGGC